GCCAUAGUAGUGUGGGAGGAAGGACGAUGUUAGGAGGAGGAAAUCCUGUUCGAGUCGUUCCGUGAAUUUGUGUUGUGGCGCGAAUUGCUUUCUUCGCUCUCGUUCGAUCGUCGUUCUGUCCUUCUGUCCGAUCUCACUUUUCUGUUGACGUCAAUGUUAGCAAGAGAAAGAAAACAAAGAACAACCAAAAUCAAACCUAUAUUUCUUCCGACAACUUCCCGCAUCUCUCUCACCAUUCUAAUUCCGUCUCGUCCCCAUUUCUCUAGUUUCUUUCCAUAAACAUUUUCCCCUCUCUCUCUCAUUUAACUUAUUCAUUAGAUGCUCUGCUAAUCGUGUGCACUUGUUUUCGCUGCCUUUCCAUCAUUCCUUGCCCCUUGCUCUCUCUCUCGCCUUACCCCUUGCUCUUCUUCAUCUCCCCACCUCUGUCUUCCACGUUUCCUUUUGCUCAGACAAUUCCAUCUCCUCACUCUCCCAACCUCUCCGUCUUCCACACUACCUUUCUACCUUUGUAUCGUUCUCGUUCUUCUCUUUAUUUACCUGUCUCUCUUUCUCCAUACGUUUGCUCUUCCUGUCUUCUCCUCCCCCUCUUUUCCACACUCGUCUCUCAUGAGUUUCGUGUCAUCGUGGAUCUUAUACGUACGAUAUAUGUCGUUGUCACUCAUCAACUAUUCCCACUUAAACACUCUAUUCCAAUAAUAUCAACCACCGAUAAACCUUAUCUCUCUCUGGCUGUGAAACUUUUGCACCUACCUCUACAUACAAUCCCAAACUCUCUCUCUCUUCCAUCCCAACUCACAACACAUACACAUACAUAUACACCAUACGCUGACGCACGUACACACUUUUGCUUUUGAGAGGAGAAGAUUUUCCCGGAGAUUCUGAAACCGACGGCGCGGCGAAGACGCAAGGACGACCGCUAUGUGAGUUGCAGGAUGCCGAGUGGACGUCGAAUUCUGUCCAGAGUACAGACUGCAUCUUCGUCUGCUCACAAAUGUUAUUCUUCCAACAGUUAUUCAGAGGAGAGGGAGAAUGUCAUACCUUUGGUAUCAAUGGUAACUUUACCAAGGCAUGGUUACCUGCCAGAUAUCCCCCGUGAAAACAACUUACUUUUUGAAUUCCUCCUCUACAUGCUUGGAGUACUCAUUCUCUUCCUGCAGUAUGUCAACCUUUAUAAGACAGUCUGGUGGUUACCUCAUUCACAUGCAAACUAUGCUCUGAAUUUCUACUUGAUUGACCCUUAUUUGGUAAGCUUCCUUCUACUGCUCAUGAGUCGACGCCUUGUUUGGUGUUUUGUGCAAGAGGUUUAUGGCUCUAAAAAUAAGAAAAGUGUUCUCUACUGGUUUGUUCAGUUGAUCAAAUUGGUAAUUGUUACAGGAAUCCUAGGAACAUUCUGUUGGUCUGCCUACCAUGUGAUAGUUCGCUAUUCUUUCGUCAACAGUUUAUUUCUGUGCUAUCCGUUGGCAACCUAUCUGAUUCUUUUUGGUUUCACAUUGAAGCCAAUCUUUCAGAGAAACCUUCUUUGGCCGUGCCAAGUUGUCGACAAGUCUGUGUCACCAUCAUCUCAAAAACACAAGAAUUCACAGGAUUCGUCUCACACUUCUUCUGAAGACAGUGUUCUCUCACACACCUGUACUCUCACCCCUGACAUAGUACGUGAAGAAGUGGAGUGCUUGAAGCUUGAUUUCAACAAUCGAGUCAAGCAGGUCUUGUUCAACUCCAUGUUGACUGCCUACUACAUGGCUUUUGUUCCGCUCUGCUUUGCUCAGCAUGUGCAGAACAAUUGUGACUCCUGUUGGAAUACUUUGUAUUAUGAUACGUAUUGGGUGGGCCAACAUGUCUGCUUGGCUUGGUUGUGUGCAUUUCUUCUGCUUAUUGUCCAUUUCCUUCCUCCGCAAUACCUUGAUCUCCUACACAAAUGUGCCCUCCAUUUGGGACGUUGGCAAAAAGUUGAAGGACGUCAUGCCCAUGUACCAUACAACCCUUGGUCUGAAUUGCAAGUGUGGCCUCCCGGGGUAUUAGUUAAACAUGUCAGAGGUUUGUUCCGAGCUGAAGGAAUUAAUAUUACUGCUGAACCUGGUAAUAGUAUGCACAGUCGGUUUUAUUUUCUUUUCCACUGGCCGUUAAGAAUUACCAAUUAUUUGCUGUUUCUGUCUUUCACUUUGGUGAUUUACCAAUUUGUACGGCUCCUCCUCUGUACAGAAUGGAACCACAUUGUAUCACUAGCAUUGAUGCUUUUCUGCUGCGAUUAUACGUUAUUCAAACUCUUCCGCGACCGAGUCAUAUUGACUAGCACAUAUAAAGAUGAGGAAGAGAAGGGCGAUAAUUCUCACUAAUCAACCCACAAUUUGAAAGUGAUCUAAUCUGAAAUCUACAAAGUCCACUUGAAACAUUGGCCAGUCAUAAAGAAAAUCCUUCUCUGUCUCAGUUUUCUUUUUCCCACCUGGUCAUGAAAAAAGCUGUUUGAGGAAGAAAAUAAUUCCAGCAGCUGAAUUGAUUACCAAUUUUUUUUCUUUCUUUUCAAACUUUAAAAUAUCUCUUUCCAAGAGAAUUCAAUCCAGUUUCAAACAAAAGGUUUUGAAAGAGCUUCUGAGGAAAUCAAUACUUUUAACCUUUUAACAGAUUGUUGUGAAAUGUGAAACAGUAUCUUUUCCUUUCUUCCUGCUCUGCUAAAUAAAAGAAAAACCUAAAUAAUAUGUGAUAUAGGGACCAAAAA